CUUGAUACAAAAAGAAUUGACCAAUUAUUGGUCAAUAUUUAUAAAAAUAAUAUUUUCUUCUUAUUUUCUCUAUUGAAAAACUAGUAUAUAGAGAGGAGCUUCGUUGCUCAAGCCCUUUUCUCUUCUCUCUUAAAAACCCCAACUUUCAUCUCUCUCUCUCUCCCUGCAAAAACCCUUUUCUUUAUCUCUAAAAAGAAAUUUCUUACAAAAAGAGAAAAAAACUUUGAUUGUUUCAGAGAAAUCUCAUUAGGAUAAAAUGGAUUAUGAUGCAUCAAGAAUCGGUGAAAUAGUAGAAGAUGAAGAGCAAAUUGAUCUCCCACCUGGAUUCAGAUUUCACCCUACUGAUGAAGAGCUCAUAACUCACUAUCUCAAACCAAAGGUUUUUAACACUUGCUUCUCUGCUACUGCCAUUGGUGAAGUCGAUCUCAACAAGAUCGAGCCUUGGGACUUACCAAGGAUGGCUAAGAUGGGGGAGAAAGAAUGGUAUUUCUUCUGUGUCAGAGACCGGAAAUACCCAACCGGUUUAAGGACAAAUCGGGCAACUGAAGCCGGUUAUUGGAAAGCCACGGGUAAAGAUAAAGAGAUUUUCAAAUGCAAAUCACUUGUGGGUAUGAAGAAAACUUUAGUUUUCUACAAAGGAAGAGCUCCUAAAGGAGUAAAAAGCAAUUGGGUUAUGCAUGAAUAUCGAUUAGACGGCAAAUAUUCGAUCCAAAAUCUUCCCCAAACAGCUAAGAACGAGUGGGUUAUAUGUCGUGUUUUCCAGAAACGUGCUGAUGGUACAAAGGUUGAUAUGUCCGGUUUAAUGCUGACUGAUUCACACAUUAACCGAAUCGAACCGACCGGUUUACCUUCGUUGAUGGAUUGUUCUCAACGAGACUCCUUCCCCGGUUCGUCGUCGUCGACUCACGUGACCUGCUUCUCCGACCAAGAAAACGAAGUCAAGAGACUCACUCACGAUCCCAAUGACGGUUCUGGUUCUCUGUUUUACUCUGAUCCCCUGUUUUUGCAAGACAAUUAUUCGCUAAUGAAGCUGUUGCUUAACGGUCAAGAAACUCAAUUUCCCGGCACUGAUCCCUCCGGUUUGGCCGGUACGGGAGAAUUGGAUUGCUUUUGGAAUUUCUGAGUUGUAAUUUCUGUGGUUAGACUUUGUAAUUCAUGUGUUCGUGUGUGUGAAUGAAGAUUCUUGUUACAUUUUUUGUAAAAGAAAAAAAAAAUGCUAGAAAGUCAAUUUAUUUUGCUAUAUAUAGUAUUAGUAUUUUAAUAUAUUUGAAAGACUUCUCAAUUAAAUAAUAUGAUAAUUUAUUUUGCCAUGUACAAUGCUAGACCUAUAAAUAAGUUUUAAUGUCAAC